UGUAGAGGAGUGUUGGCUUUUGAAGGGAUCAAGCCAGUUCAGGCCAGCCUGCUGCUCUUUCUCUCCUUCUCUCCUUUUCUUUUCCCUCUCAUUCUCUCUUCCCGUCCUGCCUGUUUAAGGAGAGAAGGACUGGGAAAUUCCUUCAAGCUACUUUACUUCAGGUUUGUGUGGAUUUAAACAUGCACACUGAGGUUUUGGUACAGUCCAUGUUAGUGCCGUUGUUUCUCAUUCUGCUCUAUACUGUGGAGGACACUUUGUUACAAUCGGUGAGCCAGGUGGGUGGUGUGUGUAAGCUGUCCACAGAGUCGUCCCUGCGCCGCUGCAGGACACCUGAUGGCAAGAUCUGCAGUGGGAGGGGCAAGUGUGACUGCGGCAUCUGCUUUUGUGCAGCCACAGAGCCAGGGAAGUUCUAUGGUCCACGCUGCGAGUGCCACGACUGGGUCUGUGCCACAUUUAAUGGGAAAACUUGCAAUGACCGUGGCUACUGUGACUGUGGGACGUGUGAGUGUGACGAAGGCUGGUCCGGAGAUUCCUGCCAGGUCCAGGAGGAGUGUAACCUAUCCAACAAGAAGAGCAAAGAGCUGUGCAAAAACCCACAGGGGGUGGUGUGCUCCAACAGAGGCACCUGCCACUGUGGUAGCUGCAUGUGUGACAAUGAGGACAGCAGGAGUCUGGUGACGGGACGUUUCUGUGAGUGUGAUGACAGCGAGUGUCUGGAUGAGGACACUGGAGAGGUGUGUGGAGGCCAUGGCCAGUGUUACUGUGGAAACUGUUACUGUGCUGCUGGUUGGCAUGGAGACAGAUGUGAAUUCCAGUGUGACAUCAGCCCAUGGGAAAGCAAGCGGAGAUGCACGUCUCCAGAUGGCAAAAUCUGCAGCAACAGAGGGACCUGCGUGUGUGGAGAGUGUAACUGUCAUGAUGUAGAUCCCUCUGGAGACUGGGGAGAUAUACAUGGAGACACCUGUGAGUGUGAUGAGAGGAACUGUCAUUCAACCUACGACCGAUACACAGAUGACUUCUGCUCAGGUCACGGCCAAUGUAAUUGUGGAAGGUGUGACUGCAAGGAGGGAUGGGCUGGGAAGAAGUGUGAGCACCCUCUGUCCUGCUCCCUGUCUCUGGAGAGCAGUUUGAAGAAGUGUCGUGGAACGUCCAAUUUGCCCUGCUUCGGACGAGGUCAGUGCCAGUGUGGACAGUGUACUUGCCACCCACCUGGGGACAGUCGAAUCCACGGCAAAAACUGUGAGUGUGACGACCGUCAGUGCGAGAACAUCAGUGGAGAGGUCUGUGGAGGUCACGGUUACUGUUCAUGUGGACGCUGCAUCUGUGAGGACGGCUGGUUUGGGAAGCUGUGCCAGUUCUCCAGGUCUUGCGACAUGAAUGACGCUCAUAGCAGGGAGCUUUGUGAGACCUCGGACGGAGUCAUGUGCAGUGGAAAAGGUUCCUGUCACUGCGGCCAGUGCAUCUGCUCUCCUCAAGAGUGGUGGGUGUCCGGAGAGUACUGUGAGUGUGAUGACCGAGAGUGUGACAAACAUGACGGCCUCAUCUGCACAGGGAAUGGCUUCUGCAAUUGUGGCAACUGUGAGUGCUGGGACGGCUGGACAGGGAACGCUUGCGAAAUCUGGGUGGGAGCAGAGUACUGAGGAGCAGGAGAGGACACUGGUGUUAGAGACUGGAGGCCUGUCUGCCCGGAGCGACAAGAGCACCACCGAUGGUCACCACCAUCCACCACCACCAGAAGAGAAAAACUAAACAUGGGUGUAAUUCUGCAUACCAUAAACAGUAUUCAUUCUUUUAUUGUACUGGUUACAAAUUAGAGUUCUAAAACUGGGUGUUGUAGGUGUAAAAGAAAACAUUGUCAUGUUAACGUUUCUUUCCAGAACAGCUUUAUACAUAUUUUUUUAUAUAUAAUGUAGGACUAGGAGCACGUACAUAUUCCAGAUACACAUAAUAGGAUGCAGGUACAUGACAAAUCCAAAUGUUGUAAAGAACUAUAAAGAUGACUUUGGGGGGACAUGUAGAUCUGUUUUCAAAUGGCACAAAGUGGUGUGUUGUUCCCGAACUGGACUGUAAGUUCACUUGAAAGCUUGAGGCAGUUACUGUUUGAGGUUUUUAUUUCUUUUUAAUAAUAAAACAUUAAAUGUGCCGCAUGACACAACAUUUUGCAUGGAAAACAAUGCGAAGACCUUAAUCAUACAUGGUUACAAAUUUGUUAUAACAUGACAUAACUCCAAUGGGCAUACUUGCAAUGGUAUAUAUAUAUAUAUAUAUUUUUUUUUUUUUGAAAAUAAAUCAUUUUAAUAGUG